CUGAAGUAAUCCUAAUACUCACUCGAACUUUUGAUCCAAGCCGUCGUCAUCUUCUUCAUCGCAACACAAGAAGCAUGUCAAUCCUCAGUCGAUUGAAACUCGCAGCAACAAUGAAGAGCUGUGAAAAGCUUGAGAAUGAGUUGCCUAAUCAUAUUAUAUCUUAUAUCUUUUCCAAUUUAGCUUUGAAAGAUUUGGUGAAAACCAGUGCAUUGUCCAAACAAUGGAUUCACGAAUGGGGAUUAAGGAUGGACCUUAACUUCGAUCUCUAUACCAUGUCUGACUAUAACACAGAUCAAGACUUGUCACAAAUCCUUCCUCUCUGUCAAAGGUUUCACUUUCAAUCUGAAUUUGCCACAAGAUUGGAUCAAUUUAUGCUCCAUUAUAAAGGUGCCAUGAUCCGUUCCAUUCGAGUAAAAUUUCCAUUAUGUAAUGAACAUAGGGAUGUCAUUGAUAGAUUGAUCUCCAAAGGAAUUGCUAAGGGUGCCGAACAUAUUCAACUUCUCUUCUCUUCUGAAACAACUGAUACUACUAUUUCUAUUUUGCCAUACAAAUUUUCCCUUAUUCUCUUACCUCAGAAUGAUUCUGUGACCUAUUUGCACCUACAAAACUGCCUCUUAGUCAAACCCAGAUACUUCUCUCGAUUAAAAAAUUUGAGAACUCUUGUGUUACAACAAAUUAUUGUGAAGAAGACACUCGUUCAGACUUUGUGUUCAAAGUGCAAACACCUUGUUGACUUAACCCUUGAUGGUUGUAAGAUCACCUCCAAGUUGAAAAUAAUCAUCCCAUCAUUGCUUCAUUUGAAAAUUGUUAAUGUUGGGUGUUACUAUCGAGAGCCUAUAAAUAUCAUUGCAUCAAGUCUCUUGUCCUUGGAAUAUUCUUGUCUUAAACAUUAUGUAGAACACCCAAUGAGCAUUCGAGCUCCUAUGUUAUCCAAGUUUGGCUUUAGAGGUAUUGUGUUUUCAAAGGGUAUAGGGUUAUCUGGAUUGAAGAACGUAACAACAAUUGUGUUUGAUUCAUUACUAUCUGAUCUAUCCACGAACAUCUUGCCUCAUUUGUUUUCUGAAUGUCCUCAACUUGAAGAUGUCACCUUUAAGAACUGCUUGUUCAAAAGUUCAAUAAAUAAUAAAUUUACUAGUUCGAAAUUACGUCAGUUAAUCAUACUUGAUAGUGUGGUGAAUGACUCUCCUUCCCCUCCUUCUGAGAUAUCUAUUGAUGCAUUAAAUCUUUCAUCUUUUGAAUAUACUGGGUACACCACAAGGAUAAUUUCUUUUACGGCCCCAAGGUUAUCAAAGGUUUUCUGGGAUACAUCAGAGAGGGAGAAUAUACCACAUCUUUUUGAUCCUAUUGCAAGUUUACCACAUAUUGAGAAUUUAGCUAUGAUUGUCGGCUCUUUACAAGUAAAGGAAUUGGCGAAAGUAUUGGUUCAGUUUCAAAAUCUUAGAAAAUUGGAGUUACAUAUUGAUGGAGCAUGCGAUCCUACUAUGGACUACUUUUGGCUUUUAGAUAUUGCAACAGCUUCUCAACAUCUCCAAAAACUUACUCUGAAUAUUAAAAAUCUUCAUCCGGAACAUUCACAUAUGGUUGGAUUUAAGAGGCAGAAAAGCGAAUAUGAGGGGUUUUCUCAUAGUGUUUUGAAAUAUGUGGAGUUUCUCGGCUGUGUUUGCUCCAUAAAUGUUUUUGAGUUAGCUACUCACCUAUUGAGGAGUGCAAAUUCCCUUAAGAAAAUGACUUUCCAUUACAGUGACAGAGUCUAUCUUGGAGGUUGUAUCAAUGCAUGUGGUGGUGAUUGUUGGUUAGGAAAGAAUGUUAUUCGCGAGAUGCUUAAGGAUGAAGUAAAUGAACAAUGUCAGCUUAUUAUUCUGUAG